AUGGACUCAUCAAGGAAAAUCGCACUACACAAAUUUUCGGACAUGAAGCUAUUCACAGAAGCUUUGACACAUACUUCCUACUGUUACGAGAAUCCAAUGACAGGUUAUCACAAUGAACGAUUGGAAUUCCUGGGCGACUCCGUCAUUUCAUGCGUUGUAACGGACUACAUAUACAACAAAUUUACAAAGUACAAAGAAGGAACACUUACGCAACUACGUGCGAGAAUUGUCUGUCAGGAUACCUUGGCAAAGUUCUCGAGAGACCUAGGUUUGGAUAAAAAACUUCGGUUAGGGAAGGGGAGCUCGGCCAUGCGAAAUAACGAAAAAGUAUUAUGCGAUACAUUCGAGGCAUAUGUUGGAGCAAUUUUUUUAGAUGUGAAUAAAGAUCUGGUGAAAGUAAUGGAUCAUAUCAAACAGCUUAUCGAACCAUUUGUUGACUAUUUGAAGGAAGUAAACGCAAGUGAUUUCAAAGAUGAAGACGAUGGAAUUAUCUCAAUUGAAGAUGAUGAGGUCCCCGUCGAAGAACCGGCCAUACCGUCAACUCACGCGUACGAAGAUCCGAUUGGGAAAUUGCAAAUGUGGGUAGCAAAGAGAGAUUCUAAAAAAGUGCCUUUAUAUGACAUCGAAGAGAAAACGGACGAAAAAGAAAAAAUUUUCGUUGCCACAGUCAGAAUCGAUGGUGAGAUUGUUGGUCGAGGCGAAGGACUGAACAAAAAGUCAGCAAAAAAAAGAGCUGCCGAAGAUGCUAUGGAAAAAUCUGGCAUCAAAGGGCCAACAAGUUAA